ACACACAUAAGACGAGAAGGUCAUGGACACAGAAGACACGACAGGUAGACAUGGACAUGGGACAGGAGGUGUUUUUGUGGAUAUGGACGGGACAUAUGAAGAAGGAGAUCACAUGCUUAGGAGUCACAGCGAAGAGGCUAUUGUUGACUACGGCAAGACCAGAUCAGCAUUACAUGCAGACUUUGAGACUGAAGAAUUAGAAAGUCACAGGGCUGUGUAUGUGGGUGUUCAUGUCCCUCUUGGGAAAGAGAACAGACACAGGCGGCGACACCGAGGACACCGACACCACCGCAGGAGAACCAAAGAGAGAGAAUCCGAGCAGGACGCCGGGGAGGGAGAAUCUCUCGCGCAAGACACCCCAUCCCAGCGUGUCCAGUGUAUUCUGGGUACUGAGGACAGUGAUGCGGAGCACAUUCCUCAUGAACUCUUCACUGAACUGGACGAACUCUCCAUUCGACAUGGCAACACGGAGUGGAGAGAGACUGCCAGGUGGCUGAAGUUUGAGGAGGAUGUGGAGGAUGGAGGAGAGCGGUGGAGUAAACCUUAUGUAGCCACGUUGUCUCUGCACAGUUUGUUUGAGCUGCGCAGCUGCAUCCUCAAUGGCACUGUGCUGCUCGACAUGAAGGCCGACUCCAUUGAGGACAUUGCAGACAUGGUGAUAGACAGCAUGGUGGCAUCGGGGCAGCUGGACGAGUCAUUAAGGCAGAAGGUGCGAGAGGCCGUCCUGAAACGGCAUCACCACCAGAACGAGAGGAAGCUAAGUAACCGCUUCCCGCUGUCUGUGCGCUCGCUCGCUGAUAUAGGCAAGAAACACUCUGAGCCGCUGUUACUGGCGCGCAGUGGUGAUGGUUUGUCAGCAUCCCGUAACUCUCUUUUGAAACUGGGAGGUUCCAUUUCCAACCUGUCCCAAAGGAGCGAGUCGCGAGUGUCCAUGCUCCUUAAUCACCUCCUCCCUAGUCCCGGCCAUGGUACCUCACCCAGCCCUGUCCCCACCCCACAGAGCACCCCACCAUCUUCUCGACACUUACACCCAUCUGACGGAGCUCCACAAGUGCAUCUGGAAAUCCCUGAGGUUGUGGUGUCUCCACCAGAAGAGGAAGAUGAGUCAGAGGAAGACGUUCUGGAUCUCAGAGCUGAUGAAGACAAGUAUUUGCGUACGUUGGCGUCUGCUUCUUCUUUCUCUAAUUCUGUGGAUGCAGGCAGGUCAGUCAAGUCAGCUAAUAGCAAAGAUGGCAGCACUGUAGAUCUUAGCAAGGUGGACAUGAACUUCAUGAAGAAGAUUCCUCCAGGGGCGGAGGCCUCGAACGUGCUGGUAGGUGAAGUGGAUUUCUUGGAGAAACCGAUCAUAGCUUUUGUUCGUCUCUCGCCUGCUGUACUGCUCACAGGACUCACCGAAGUGCCCGUGCCAACCAGGUUCCUGUUUCUAUUAUUAGGGCCAUAUGGAAAAGGUCCUCAGUACCAUGAGAUCGGACGCUCCAUGGCCACUCUAAUGACAGACGAGAUAUUCCACGAUGUGGCGUAUAAAGCCCGGGACAGAGGCGAUCUCCUUUCUGGCAUCGAUGAGUUUUUAGACCAAGUGACUGUUCUUCCUCCAGGAGAAUGGGACCCCACGAUCCGCAUCGAGCCUCCCAAGAGUGUCCCAUCACAGAUGAAGAGAAAGACGCCAUCGCAACUUAACGGCAGUGUGACUCCUACAGAGCCGACUCAGGAGGAGGAACACCAACCCGGACCAGAGCUUCAGAGAACAGGGAGGUUUUUCGGUGGGCUGGUGCGUGAUGUAAAGCGUAAAGCUCCCUUCUACUGGAGUGACGUGUUGGAUGGCUUCAGUUUGCAGUGUAUAGCGUCAGUGCUGUUCCUCUACUGUGCCUGCAUGUCUCCAGUUAUCACCUUUGGAGGACUGCUAGGAGAAGCAACCAAGAGUAACAUUAGCGCUAUCGAGUCGCUGUUUGGAGCGUCUCUGACAGGCGUAGCAUUCUCUUUGUUCGCCGGUCAGCCGCUGACCAUUCUGGGCAGCACGGGGCCUGUGCUUGUGUUCGAGAAAAUCCUCUUCAAGUUCUGCGAGGAUUAUGGGAUGUCCUACCUGUCUCUGCGUGCCUGCAUAGGACUGUGGACGGCGUUCCUCUGUAUAGUUCUGGUAGCAACUGAUGCGAGCUCGCUGGUUUGUUACAUCACCCGCUUCACAGAGGAAGCAUUCGCCGCUCUCAUCUGCAUCAUCUUCAUCUACGAGGCUCUGGAGAAACUGGUUCACCUCCGGGACGUCUAUCCCAUCAACACACACGCUGACCUGGAUAAUCUCACGCUGUACAGCUGUCAGUGCUCGGCUCCGAAUCAGACGUCUAAUGAGACGUGGCAGCUCUGGAACACAAUGGGGAACACCACAGAUUCAGUGCCAUGGAGUCAACUCAAUGUGUCGAUGUGUAAGCUUCUGCAUGGUGAGUUUGUAGGUCCUGCUUGUGGACCCCAUGGGCCCUUUAUCCCUGAUGUGCUGUUCUGGUCCAUCAUCCUCUUCUUCACCACAUUCUUCCUCUCCUCCCUGCUUAAGCAGUUCAAGACGGAAAGAUACUUUCCUACCCGGGUACGCUCCACUAUCAGUGACUUUGCUGUGUUUUUGACCAUAAUGGUGAUGGUGCUGGUGGAUUAUCUGGUUGGGAUUCCAUCACCCAAACUCAAUGUGCCUGAUCGCUUUGAGCCUACCUCAAAGCACCGUGGCUGGCUGAUCUCUCCACUUGGUCCUAACCCCUGGUGGUUGGUUCUGGUGUCAGUGAUUCCCGCUCUUCUCUGCACCAUCCUUAUCUUCAUGGACCAGCAGAUCACUGCUGUCAUCAUCAACCGCAAGGAGCACAAGCUCAAGAAAGGCUGUGGUUAUCAUCUAGACCUCCUGGUGGUGGCUGUGAUGUUGGGUGUGUGUUCAGUGAUGGGGCUGCCGUGGUUCGUAGCUGCCACUGUCCUCUCCAUCUCACACGUGAACAGCCUAAAGCAGGAGUCCAGCUGCUCAGCCCCGGGGGAACAGCCCAAGUUCCUGGGAAUCAGAGAGCAACGGCUCACCGGCGUUCUCAUCUUCACCCUCAUGGGCUGCUCCGUCUUCAUGACGUCCAUACUGAAGUUCAUUCCCAUGCCGGUGUUGUAUGGAGUUUUUCUCUACAUGGGUGUUUCCUCCCUGAAGGGCAUACAGUUCUUUGACAGGAUAAAGUUGUUCGGUAUGCCUGCGAAGCACCAGCCCGAUCUGAUCUACCUGCGCUACGUGCCGCUGUGGAAGGUUCACGUUUUCACUAUGGUACAACUCACGUGUCUGGUUCUGCUGUGGGUAAUCAAAGCCUCGGCGGCACGGGUCAUCUUCCCCAUGAUGGUGCUGGCUUUGGUGUUUGUGCGGAAGCUGCUGGAUUUCUGCUUUACCAAGCGAGAGCUGAGCUGGCUCGAUGACCUGAUGCCCGAGAGUAAAAAGAAGACAGAGGAUGACAAGAAGAACAAAAAAGCUAAACAGGAAGAUGAGCAGCUGAUGGAGGAAGAGGAGGAGACUGAGACAGAGCUAGCAUACACAGGAGGACGAGGAGGAAGAGGAGGAGAAAAUGUGCUAAAGAUUCCUCUGCAGGCUCGCUCUGGCUGGUCCUGCAAAACAGCAGCUCUCUCCUCUGGCAGGGCAGAAGACGAGUUUGACGUCAGACUAAAUAAGUCAGGAGAAGGUGGCAUGUGCUAGGCUGAACAUGGAGGCAGUCCGGGGCGGAAAAGACGAUUCGAAUGUAGAGACGGCGCUCUAGGGCGGAGUUUAUUCCAUCAUUUUUGGAGCCACUCCCACUCCACCGCUGGAGCGAAGCACCUCACAUUCAGCAACUUAAGUCUUGGGCUUGAGUCAACAGCGCCCACUGCUGGACUGGAGGACUGAGGAUGGUGUGUGCAGGAACACACCCAACCUAACUCUCGGACAAGAAAUACUGUAAAGACUUCCUUUUAUUAGUUUUUUUUCCUCAUUCAGUUCAUGCACAGGAGACACUUUGUCAUUAUACUGUAUGUAGUUCAUGCUAUUUUGUUACGGGGUGUUUUUACGAGCUAAUUUACUAAAUUAUACAUUUCAUUCAUGUAGAUGCAGUCAACCAGCAGGCUUUGAUGUUUUAGGAAGCUUUUCAUACAUUCCCAGAUUGAGUUUCUAAUCCCGAGAUGGUAAAAGAUCAUCAGGUGAUCAUUAAGAUUUAUAUCGGUGUUUGGUACAGCUUGUUGCGUGAAUGUAGUCGCCUAAACUAAAACGGGCAUUUUAGCAGUUUUUAAGUUAUUUAAGGGUCUAUUGUAGUGGGUUGUCUUAAAAUAUCCCUGAUUUAUUGUAUAGGGUUGACCUUCCACCUGUCACUCCUGAAACGUUUGUUAAAAUCCGCUCUGCUAAAAUAGCUACAUCCAGCCCUGUGCACUAAACGACUAAAUAGUACACUUUAACAGAGCAUACAGUGAUGUUCAUCACUAAAAUGUAAGGAAGGUUCAUAGCACAUGGCGUCACAGAUUUCUAAAAUGCAUAGGUAUGCAGGUCUCAGGGAACAGCUGAGAAAUCAUAGCAGUUCCUCACAAUUCUUGACACAAGUUCUUUGGCAU